UAAUUGCAUCUAAUAUAAGUCUGGGAAAUGCCAGGGAAGACUUCACGUGCUGCCUCACACAAAGGCUAAAAAGCAGCUGGAAGUCAUUGAUCGCACAGCACCCCGGAGCUGCCGGUUCUCCGAAUCCAUCCAGCCAUUUAAAUCGCCUUCUGCCUGGCUGUAAAAGGCAGCCGGUCACAAGGAGUUAAUUCCUCUCCCUGCUUGGUGCGUGUCUCGAGUUUCCAUGGCGGUUUUGCUUUUGAUUUCGUGGAGUCCAGAUUUAUAGGCGUGCGACGGUGACUCAGGCCCUCGCCUUUGCACGCAGCCGGCCCUGUCCGCGCCUGCAGCCGUGUCCCAGGGAAGAACGGGUUAAGCAAAUCACCGUAAGGAUGCGUAGCCGUUAGUGCAGGGGAGCCGAAGCAAGGCCGUUCUCUCUGCCGUGCACGCUGCGAACACUGUGCACGCUGUCUGGGCUGAGAGCUUCCUACAGAGCGAGCGGGAAUGUGUGUUGCUGAAAAGUGCCUUUCCUGAAGCCACGGCUGCUUGGAUUUCUGUCUGGGGCUGCCUCUCUCUUCCCCGCACCCCCCCUUUUUUUUAAUUUGGCGUUCGCUUGCAGUUCAUCCCCUGACGGCAACUCGCCCAUCCUCCCCCCCCGGCCCCCCUCCUCACCUUUUACACUCAGUUUGCUCGGCCAUUUUUUUUUCCUUUCCCCGAGUAUGUAGCAAAUACUUUUUAAUUUUUUGCACCAUUGUACCAUCCUUUUGCUCUUUUUGAUGCUCGCGAAUUGUCAUUUUUAGAAGCAAGAAAUAGAAGGGAAAAAAAAACAACAAACCGACCCAAGUUUUCCCCCUGAGGACCGAGACCAUUCCACAAAGUGAAGUGCUGCCAACAGCCUAUGUUUUUUUUGCAAGAAUAAUUGAAACCAUUAACUGGAGAGCACAGAAUUCUUUUGAAAGUCUGCCAGUUAUUUCAAAGUAACUUCGGCAGUGGCACAAAAUAUAACACUUAUAUUUUAACUUCUACAAUUGCACUUUUAGGAGCUGGUCUCUAAUUUGAAUUUUCAGUUCUUCUGAUAAGAUUUCUAUUUUAUGAUUGGCUUUAUGUUUAAUCCUUGUUUAAUCAAACGCAAUUUGACUUAAAUGAAAACCUAAGUGCUGAUGAAUAGAAAUUUUACCAAAGCAACAAGUUAGUUCUUUCUUCACGUUUAACUUGAAUUCACUUUUUUACCCUUUUUAAAAAAAAGAAAGAAAGAAAAAAAAGAAAAGAAAAGAAAAAUCAGCCGUGAUAUCGUCCUAAAGAAGGGUGUGAUUGCUUGCGUUUUAAUUUUUUUUUGUUUUUAAUAUGGCUGUAAACGUUUCCCUGGUUCGUGAUACAAAAUGGCUGACUUUGGAAGUAUGUCGAGAAUUUCAGAGGGGGACUUGUUCUCGAUCUGAUGCAGAGUGCAAGUUUGCCCACCCAUCACGGAGUUGCCAUGUGGAAAAUGGUCGAGUUAUUGCCUGCUUUGACUCUCUCAAGGGUCGGUGUACUCGAGAGAACUGCAAAUAUCUCCACCCUCCCCCACACUUAAAAACACAGCUCGAAAUCAAUGGACGCAACAACCUGAUCCAGCAGAAGACUGCGGCAGCCAUGUUUGCACAGCAAAUGCAGUUCAUGCUCCCGGGCGCCCAGCUACAGCCAAUUACUACGUUUCCUGUGACUCCAUCGCUUGCAACAAGUCCCACCAUGGCUUUUAGUCCCUACCUAAGUCAUGUUUCUCCUGGGAUGGGCUUGGUCCCUGCAGAGCUUUUACCAAAUACGCCUGUCCUGGUGUCCGGAAAUCCUACUGUUACAGUGCCAGGAGGCUCUGCUGGUCAGAAACUGAUGCGUACGGAUAAACUGGAGGUUUGCCGAGAGUUUCAGCGUGGAAAUUGCACACGUGGUGAGAACGAUUGCCGUUACGCUCACCCAAUAGAUAUUGCAAUGAUAGACACAAAUGAAAAUACUGUUACAGUUUGCAUGGAUUACAUCAAAGGGCGAUGCUCUAGGGAGAAAUGCAAGUACUUUCACCCCCCUGCACACCUGCAAGCCAAAAUCAAAGCAGCUCAACACCAGGUGAACCAGACAGCUGCAGCUGCAAUGACUCAGCCAGCUGUCAGAUCACUGAAGCGACCCCUCGAGGCAACCUUUGACCUGGCCCUGCCACCUGGUGCACUUCAACCUUUACCAAAGAGGCCAGCACUUGAAAAAAACAAUGGUGCCACCACAGUCUUUAACCCGAGCGUUUUCCACUACCAACAGGCUCUAGCCAACAUGCAGUUGCAACAGCCUACGUUUAUCCCGACAGGGUCAGUACUGUGCAUGACACCCACUGCAAGCGUUGUGCCCAUGAUGCACGGUGCUACGCCCACCACUGUGUCUGCAGCAACAACACCUGCCACCAGCGUCCCCUUCGCUGCAACAGCUACGGCCAAUCAGAUAUCCCAGUUAUCAGUAGAUGAACUGAGCAGCAGCAUGUUUGUCUCACAGAUGUAGAAGUUUCCAAUAGAACACCGACCACGUUGAAAUUUGUGAACAGUAAAAUUACGGAGUACUAGGACUUCUCAGUGGGGAACUGCACAUGGCCUUUCUGUAUAUAUCCCCUCUUCCCUCCUUUCGUCCUCUACCACCUCUACAGUAAGCCUGUUGCAGCCUACAUGUUAACCAAAAACUGAUCAAUGGGAAUGUCAGAAAAAAAAAAGAAAAAAAAAGCACUAUAGAAACAAUUAACAAACAGCGCUCUGUUAUAUGAGAUAUACAAGUAGAAAAUUAUAAUAGACUUUUAUAACACAUUACUUUAACACAUUUAAUCAUUUUAUGACUACCAUCAUGAUAAGUGCAUCUGCACAGUGGACUGUUGGUUUACUGUAUACUAUCGAUGGAUAAAUGUUUGUCUCGUUUUUAAAGUGUUAUCUUACUGUUUUGUUUACAUCAUAGUCUAUUGAUUUGUUUUAAAGUGUACAUCAUUAUCAAGUAUACUCAAUACCAUUUUUUUCAUUA